AUGCCUCCAUAUGAUCAUCAGAUUAACCGUGAGAUGACAAGUGAGAUCAUAAUUUACCAUGAUUUGCCAUUUCGCUAUCCUGAGUAUGAGAAAGUUAGAGCAAGAGACAAGUAUCUCAAUCCUGAGUGUCAACCAAUUUGUAGACAGACUGCUGCAGCGGAUGUGUAUAGGAAGUAUGAGAUAGAAAAGGUCAAGCUGAAAGAAGUACUUGCAAACCAGCGUGCACGUGUCUGUUUCACUUCAGACUUAUGGACAGCUCGAGGUACAGUUAUGAGUUAUAUUUGUUUGACAGCCCACUACAUUGAUGAAAACUGGCACUUGAAUAGCAAGAUUUUGCAAUUCUAUGAACUUAAAUCUCCUCACACUAGUGAAGAAAUCUCUAAAAAGAUUCUGGAAUGUUUGAAAGAAUGGGGAUUGGAGAAAAAGGUAUUUUCUAUUACCUUAGAUAAUGCAACAAAGAACAAUAGUAUGCUGAACAUUCUCAAGGGUCAACUUCAAAUGAUUAGUGGUAGUGGUUUAUUAUGUGAUGGGAAAUUUAUGCAUGUUAGAUGUUGUGCCCAUAUUCUUAAUCUGAUAGUGAAGAAAGGUUUAGAUCUAGCAAAAGAUGUUCUGCACAACAUCAGAGAGAGUGUGAUAUAUGUUAAAGCAUCUUCAAAGAGGAGAGACGCUUUUGCUGCAUGUGUUGAGAGAGUAAAGAUUAAGAGUGGAGCAGGGUUAUCACAGGAUGUUCCUACCAGAUGGAACUCCACAUAUGAGAUGCUUGUAAGAGCUUUGAAGUUUAAGGAAGCAUUUGUCAGCUUGAAGUGGUUUGACAGCAACUACAAGACUUUGCCUUCUGAUGAUGAAUGGAAUCGUGGAGAGAAAAUCUGUGAGUUGUUGAAGCCGUUUAGUGAUAUCACGACACACUUUUCAGGUUCUAAGUAUCCUACUUCUAAUGUCUAUUUUACACAAGUGUGGAGAAUUGAACUGUUGCUGAGGAAAUUUGCAUCUUGUGAUGAUGAAGAUGUGGCAAAACUGGCUCAGGAUAUGCAGAUUAUGUUUACCAAGUAUUGGGAGGAUUAUAGUCUUAUUUUGGCAAUGGGAGCUGUUUUAGACCCAAGAAUGAAACUGCAAAUGCUUGAAGUAGCUUAUGAAAGAGUUGAUCCAACUACUUCUGCAUCGAAAAUCAAAAAGCUUAAAGACAAUUUGGAGAUGCUCUAUGAAGAUUAUAAGGCUAAGUCUAGGACUUGUUCUUCAAGUAUUUCUGUAACUCCAAAUCCGCAUGAUUGGGUCAAUGAAUCUCCACUUGAUGAUGAUUAUGACAAUGUAAGAAUGUUGCUUUUGUUGUUUAUGUUGCUUGUGUUGCUUGUGUUGCUUUUGUUGCUUAUGUUGCUUUUGUUGUUUAUGUUGCUUGUGUUGCUUCUUUUCUGUAGGAUCUUUUUGAGCUUGAAAAAAGCAUCGGAGUUGGAGUAG